UGGCUCUGACAAUUCCAUCUAAAUCGUAGACAAGGCCGGAAAAUACUUGCGUUUUGUUAUGUAGCUUUCGACUGGUGGAAAAGCCGUUCACACAUAUUUUAAACACCGAUUCCCAAACAAAUUCAAAUGUUUUGCCAACAUUUCGUAUUAGAAUAGUAGCACAAAAAAAUAAGAAGCGGUCGAGGAAUUUUGCGCGACCCAAGUGUAUCAAAAAAACCCUUCUGAUUUCAACGACGACCAGAGUUCUCUAUUUUCUAUGAAAAGCGACUGAGUGCAAGAACUAACAAAACAAAAAAAAGGACAGCAAAUCCCAGAAGCAAAGAGGCCAUUAAAGGAGCAACGCAAUCGGACCAGAUGUGCUAACUAAGACACCAGGUGCACAACCAUUCCCCAGCCAAGUCCCCAAAAGCAAGGAGGGAAGCCAUCAGCCAGUGCGUAAGCUAUCCACAAUCCGCAAUCCACAAUCCACAGAAGUUGCCACACCGCAGGACAUGUUGUCCCACCGCUUCAACAUGCAUCCGCAGAGGCGUCUGCCCGUCAUCCACGAGCAGAUCGCCAAGCAGUGCGCCCUGAACAUUGUGCGCGUGGCCUCCGCCAUGCCGCAACCGCAGCCCCGCUGCCCGUCCGGUCAUGUGGUCGUGCUCGUGGAGCUGCGCCGGACGGACGAGCAGACCGUGCACCGCUACCAGGUGAAUGUGCCGCCCACGGGCUGGCCCAGCGAUGAUUUGGACGCGGUGGAUCAGCGAUGCCAGCAGCUGGUGCUGCCCGGAACCCUGGAAUCGCUCGGCCUCAAGCUGCCGCAGCCAGAGCGUCCGCCGUGUCCAAUGCACGGUCGCCCCCUUAUGGAGAUGGGCUGGUCACCGAAAUCGAACACGGGUCCGCCUCCCAUGCUGAUGAUGCAGUCUUCGGUACACUUCACCGAUGGCCAGAGCAGCCCCACGGACUUCACCACCUUCAGCGAGCCCGUCGUGACUAGUGAGUCACCGGAUAGUCUGAGAGCGCACUUCAUGGCCAGUCUAUACCAGCAGCAGGCCAGUCCGCUGAGCUACUCGGACAUCUGGGUGCCAGAAGGUCCGCCGGAGGGCCUGCCCAGAAGUGAGACCCUCUCCACAAGCCUUUUUCCACAGCUUUGUCUGGGCGAGAACGAUGCGUCUAUAGUCGCCAACAGGAUACGACCUAUCAAUGGUUACCCGGCGCCUGCGAAACCAAUUGUGACCAAUCCUCGCCACGUCGCCGAACUGUGCUUGGACAGCAAUGGGGAGUAUGUGCUCAAUGAGCAGCUGCAUCGUCCAUUGGUCAGCUGCCAUCCCAACCCGAUUACUCCCAGUGUCGUGAGACGGGAGCAACACUACUUCUUCCAACAUCAGAGCCACCAGGUGGAGUCGUCCCCCUUCAAGGGACUCAACGGCUAUGUGAGCGAUCUAUCCGGCAAUGGUUACAUCAGCCAGGAGUCUGGAAAGCCCAUGAAUGGUUACAAGAAUCAGCCGGCGGCCUUCGCAGAUCAACGUCUGGGUCAGGGACAUGGAUCAGUACCCGGAUUCAGACCCAAUCACUUGCAGAGUCGUGUGGCCAUGAUCGAGCCGCGGAUGCGCCAGGAGGCAAUGGUGAAAGCCCAGGAGCUGCAGUCGCUCUUCCGCUGGAACUACUGUGCCGUGUGUCACUUGGCCAUACGGUCGGGACAGAAUGCCAUGGAUCACUACUCGUCGCGUGCCCAUGAGCGCAGGAUCAGCUCGUGGCUGGUGCGUCAGUGCUACGAAAAUCUAGCUGGACAGGAUGGGGACGUCUUGGGCGGGUCCAUCAGCCAAUCUGACUUCUACUGCAAGUUGUGCGACCUGAAGCUGACCUCGUUGUCGCACGCACAGCAGCACUUCUUUGGACGCCGCCACCGAAUGGUGGCCCGCCACAGGAUCAGGCCAUAUGGCGAUGGCUUCUACGAUCGGGAGGGCAACUGGGUGCGCACGGACGCCAAGUACCGCAUGUGCGAGCUGUGCGACGUGAGCAUCACCUCGGAGUCCCAGAUGGCCAUGCACCUGGCGGGUGCACGUCACCGCAGACGGGUGCACAUUGCCUAUGCGGGUGAGUCCGCCGGGGGCAUGGAGAUGGGCAUGGGUCUGGUCCCGUUCGAUGGCACGCACAUGUACCGCAUCAAUGGCAACGGAUCGCUGGCCCCCAUAAGGCCGUUGGGUCUACAGAUCCUGCAUGGCACCCAUCCGCCACCGCUGAACGAUCCGUGUGCCGCCUUCUACUGCGAGGCAUGCAACAUCACGCUGAACCACCUGAAGUCGGUGAAGCAGCACGAGCAGGGACGCAUGCACCGCCGGAAUAUGCACCGAUUGCCCGGCCAACCCGUCUUCUACGAGUGACCUUGGGAGUGGGUGGGAGAAGUCUGAUGAAAAGCAAAGUGGAGCCGCCACCGUACUAGUCAACGCGGAAAGUGAGGAAGGUGCCUCCGGGAGGAGGUUUCCAGUACGCGAUCUCUGGAUACUUGAAAACUAAAUAGUGCGAUGUCUGGAAGAGUUCCCACUGGCCCAACCAACUUCCUGCUGCGCUGUGUGUUAUUUGCAAUUUAUUUUUGAUCUAUCUACCUUUUCUAUAUGUUUUCUAGUAGUAUAAUAAAUAUCUGAAUGCA